GGAGGCAGCCAUGAAAAGAGAGAGAGAGGCUACAUGUUGUCUAUUUUGCUUCACGCUCUCAAUAAUAAUUUGACUACAUUUGAAUGGCCUUUGCUGCCAACUAUACCGUAGUGACAUCUCCGUCGUUGGUUCGCCCCACUCCGGCCAGUUUCCGUGUGGUGUGUGGAUUGCGGCGGCAAGUCUUAGAACAAGUCGAUGCGGAGCUUGUGAAGGGGGAUGACAGAGCCGCACUCUCUCUCAUCAGGGAUUUACUGGGGAAGCCCGACGGUCUCCGUUGCUUCGGCGCCGCUAGGCAGGUACCCCAGAGGCUUUACACAUUGGACGAGUUGAAACUGAAUGGUAUUGAGACAUCCUCUCUUCUUUCACCAGUGGAUACAACCUUGGGCUCCAUUCAGAGAAACCUGCAACUUGCAGCUCUUUUAGGAGGAAUUUCCACCUGGAAUCUCAUUGGAUUUAGUCCGCAACAACUCUUCUACUUGUCCGUAUGCCUACUAUUUCUGUUGACAUUGGACGCGAUCUCUUUCAAUGGAGGAUUCAGCAACUUGUUUCUUGAUACAAUUGGCCACACCUUCAGUCAGAAGUACCACAAUAGGGUUACUCAACAUGAAGCCGGCCAUUUCUUGAUAGCCUACUUGAUGGGAAUACUUCCAAAGGGGUAUACACUUACGAGCUUAGAUGCUUUUCAAAAGGAAGGAUCACUCAAUGUCCAGGCUGGAACUGCUUUUGUGGACUUUGAGUUUCUUGAAGAGGUAAAUGCUGGUAAAGUUUCAGCAACGAUGCUCAACAGGUUCUCAUGCAUAGCACUUGCAGGCGUUGUAACAGAAUAUCUUCUCUAUGGAUAUGCUGAAGGCGGUCUUACUGAUAUUAACCAGUUGGAUUUCUUGCUGAAAAGCUUGGGGUUCACUCAGAAGAAAGUUGAUUCUCAAGUAAGGUGGUCUGUUCUUAAUACAGUCUUUGUAUUACGUCGGCAUGAAGCAGCACGUUCGAAACUUGCAGAGGCAAUGUCGGAUGGAAGAUCAGUCGGUUUCUGCAUCGAUGUGAUUGAAAACAACAUAAAUGAUGCAGAUUUGCAGAUUCAGCAAACCUCAACUCAAACAACAGGCCAAGAUAUCAUCACUGAUUCUUGAUACCCACAACAGAACUCAAUUUGGUAAAUAUUUCUUCCCCCACUCUUUCCUUUCAUACAUAUGCAUUAUCAUCUAACUAGGGCUUAUUUAAAAACACUCUUGUAUCUGAAUAUGUGUGAGAACAUUAAUGAAUUUUUUGAUAUAAGAGAUUUGGCAGAUUGGGACCGAAAAUUGCGUCUUGUUCAACGUGUUGUUAGUCAACUGUUGUAUUACCAUGAAAUUUGGACUGUCUGCGAAGACUAGUCUUGUAAAAUAUGGCAUGUUUGAACUCUAGUAUUUUGUCGCAGUUACGGUUACGAUCUAAUUGAAAAUUCGUAUAAAGCUAUAAUGGAUAAUGUUUUUUUCUUUGUC